CGUGCAGCCAGUGUGUGACACCAUGGUGAACAUUGAAGAUUUCUGCGGCAAGAAAGGUGGAGCGAUAUGGGAUAAUGAUCUGCUGUUUAACAAUACCUACCCACAAUUUACGGAGUGUUCCCAGAAUACAUUGCUGGUGUGGGUACCAUGUGGUUUCCUGUGGUUUACCCUGCCGUUCUACCUGUACGGACUUUGUACAUCUAAUGGGAUACCACUCCCUCUGUCUAGCCUCAACAUCACAAAAACCUUUCUGAGUCUGGUGCUGUUUAUUGUCACGGCAGUAGAGAUGGUUAGAUUGGGGAGUGACAAGGCAGACAAUCACAAAGAAGUUCCGACGGCACAGUUUGUGGCUGGAUCAAUAAAAGCUGCCUCAUUUGCAUUGACAGCCCUACUAAUUCAGCUAGAGAAAAGAAGUGGUUUUAUCACUUCAGGCAUCCUGUUUCUUUACUGGUUACUUAUGACUAUUGCUGGGAUUGUUCCGUUUUACAGCAAAAUCAUACAAAAGGUGUAUGAAGACGAUCUAUUCACCUUUAUUAUGUUCUAUGUGUAUUGGGCAGCCCUGUGCCUACAGUUAAUCUUACACUGUAUUGCUGAAAAAGUUACACGCCGUGGUUACAACUUAGUUGGAGAGAAGCCGUGCCCAGAGAUCUCGUCCUCCUUCUUAAGUAGACUGGUGUUUUGGUGGAUGAAUCCAUUGGUGUUGUCUGGGUACAAGAAAGACCUUAAAGAGGAUGACAUCUGGAACCUGAAUCCCCGGGACGCACACACCACUGUCAAUCCAAAAUUCUCGAAAGCAUGGAAGGCGGAGCUUGACAAAUGGAAAAUUAGAGAAAGUACAAGUGUGGUAUUUAAUCAAGGAGCACACAUACAAGAACACCGUAAAGCCUCAGAAAAAACACCACUUCUACGACAAAGAACGCAAACUUCAGAGGUGGAGUUUCACGGAACUAAAGUGGAAAAGAAGAAAAACAAAGCUUCAUUGUUCAGGGUGUUAGUUCGAGUCUAUGGACUGGAUUUCCUGAGAGCUUGGGGCUGUAAAUUCCUGUAUGAUCUUCUCCAGUUUGUUAGUCCCACAUUACUGGGAGUGUUGAUAGCCUACACAGACAACAAGGCGAAUGAGCAAGCGUGGAAAGGCUAUGUCUUCGCUGCAUCAUUCUUCGUUGUGGCUUUUGUUCAGUCGUUGUGCUUCCAUCAAAACUUCCACAUCGGUAUGACAACUGGAAUGCGGAUAAGAUCGGCUUUGAUUACAGCUGUUUAUAAAAAGUCACUCUGUAUGAAUAGUGAGGCUAAGAAACAGAAGACCGUGGGAGAAAUUGUCAAUCUCAUGUCUGUCGACUGUCAGAGGAUGCAGGACCUCUCGGGCUACUUGUGGAUGUUGUGGUCAGCUCCAGUCCAGAUCAUUUUGGCCAUGUGGCUUUUAUGGAAUCAGCUGGGACCCUCUGUCCUUGCAGGUCUAGGGGUGAUGAUCCUACUUAUUCCACUCAACAUGUUCAUCUCUAUUAAACAAAGAGCACUUCAAGUGAACCUGAUGAAACUCAAAGACAAAAGACUCAAACUUAUGAGUGAAGUUCUCAACGGUAUGAAGGUCCUGAAACUUUAUGCCUGGGAACCAUCUUUUCAAGAAAAAAUUUUGGAACUAAGAAAUAAAGAAUUGGACAUUCUCAAGAAAUAUGCGUAUCUGCAGGCGUUUAGUACAUUUUCUUUCACGUGUGCCCCGUUUUUGGUAACCUUGGCAACAUUUGCAACAUAUAUCUUGGCCUCUAAUGAACACUACUUGGACGCUGGGAAAGCAUUUGUGUCUUUGUCGCUGUUCAACAUUUUGCGCUUCCCAAUCAACCUUCUACCCAUGAUGGUAUCCUAUAUUGUACAGGCAAAUGUCUCCAUUGGUAGAAUUGCUGAUUUCCUGAAAAUGGGUGAUCUAGACCCAGAAAAUGUCCAACAUAAUCGAUCAGACUCUGCGGCCAUUGUGAUCAAAGAUGGAACUUUUACCUGGGAUGAAAAUUUAACACCAGCCCUGAGAGGCAUCAAUCUCACUGCAGAUGUGGGUAAAUUAAUUGCAGUGGUCGGACAGGUUGGUUGUGGAAAAUCCUCACUGAUUUCAUCCAUACUGGGAGAUAUGGAGAAACUCCGAGGGCGAGUCAAUGUCAAGGGGUCGGUAGCAUACGUCCCACAACAAGCUUGGAUCCAGAAUGCCACUGUACAGGACAACAUCCUGUUUGGGUCCGAAAUGAAUCAAUGUACAUAUGAUGAUGUCCUUGAUGCAUGUGCCCUUCGUCCUGACCUUGAGAUCCUCACAGCAGGAGACAUGACAGAAAUUGGAGAGAAGGGUAUAAAUUUGAGUGGAGGCCAGAAACAGAGAGUAAGUCUGGCCAGAGCUGUGUAUAACAAUGCCGACAUAUACUUACUUGAUGAUCCUCUCAGUGCUGUCGACUCACACGUAGGCAAACACAUUUUCCAGAAAGUUGUCGGAAGUAAGGGAUUACUUCGAAACAAGACUCGUCUCCUCGUGACUCACGGCAUUCAUUGGUUACCGAUGGUGGACUCUAUAAUCGUACUAGUGGAUGGACAAGUGUCUGAGAUGGGAUCGUACGAAGAACUCCUUGACCAUGAUGGUGCCUUCGCUCAGUUCCUAAAAACAUAUCUGACACAGGACAAUGAAGAUGAUGCUGGAGAAGACGAUCCAGAAAUUCAAGAAGUAAAAAGUAAGAUUCUUCAAAGACUUGAGUCUGUAACCUCUGACACAGCAACGUCUGGGGACGAGUCUCACAUUAGGGCACGGAAAAGGAAAACUUCAGAGAGCAAACCAAAUCUGGCCAGGUCGAUUUCAACAGCUGUGGAUGCAAAAUGUGAGAAAACAGCACCAGUUAAAACCAACAAGGAGAAAGAUGUUCUGAUAAAAGAAGAAACACAACAGGAAGGUGCUGUAAAAAGGAAAAUUUUCAUGAGGUAUGCCCGAGCUGUCGGACUUCUUGCCACAUUAAUCAUAUUUCUGCUAUUUAUCUGCUACCAAGGUGCAAGCGUGGGUUCCAAUAUCUGGUUAAGUGUUUGGACAGACGACAAAGAUCUCGCAAAUGUGUCAAACGCCAACACCACCGCAUACAAGAACAAAAACUACACCUACUUAGGGGGUUAUGCAGCAUUCGGUAUUGGACAAGCAUUUCUUAUAAUGGUCUACUCAUUACUAGCAUCUCUGUGUCAAGUCAGGGCUGCAGCCAAGCUCCAUCUCGGAAUGCUAGAAAAUGUGAUGAAGGGGCCUAUGUCUUUCUUUGAUACAACUCCGAUUGGACGUAUUGUAAACAGGUUUUCUAGGGACAUUGAGACGAUAGACAGUAUUCUGCCAGGAACAACCAGGUUUUUUAUACAGCAAUGUUUCGGCACGCUGGCUACGUUUGUUAUCAUCACUUACAGUACUCCGAUCUUCCUCAGUGUUAUCAUACCCCUCUUUGUUGUCUACUACUUGUCGCAGCGAUUCUAUGUGCCGACAUCUCGUCAGCUACAACGUAUUGAGUCUACAACUCGCUCCCCGAUCUAUACCCACUUCAGUGAGACUAUAGCUGGUGCAUCUACCAUAAGAGCGUACGGACAACAGGACAGAUUUAUAGAAACUUCUGUCCAGCGAGUCGACAAAAACAUUCUGUUUUUCUUUGCCAGGAUUGCCUCCAACAGAUGGCUGGGGACUCGACUGGAGUUUGUCGGGAAUUUGAUUGUGUUUGCGGCGGCUCUGUUUGCUGUGCUAUCUAAUGAUGUCAGCAGUGGAACAGUCGGCCUCUCCGUGUCCUAUGCUCUGUCGAUUACAUCAGCCUUAAACCUGCUUGUACAACAAGCAAGUAACCUGGAAACAAACAUUGUGUCAGUUGAACGUGUUCAGGAAUAUGCAGAGACACAGACUGAGGCAGCAUGGGUUCUGCCCUUCAGAAGACCUCCACAUGAUUGGCCCGAUAAAGGUCAUGUUAGGUUCAAUGACUACAAAACAAGGUACCGAGAGGGACUUGAUCUUGUACUAAGGGGAGUUAACUGUGAAAUACAGGGCGGUCAAAAGGUUGGAAUUGUGGGUCGAACUGGUGCUGGAAAAUCGUCCCUUACUGUGGCUUUGUUCCGCCUGAUUGAGCCGGCAGGCGGAAGUAUUGUCAUUGAUGGCCAGAGUAUUGCUAACAUGGGUCUCCAUGACCUCCGGUCAAAACUGACCAUCCUCCCUCAGGACCCUGUUUUGUUUUCCGGUACACUGAGGAUGAACCUUGACCCCUUUGAUGUGUACACAGAUGAUCAGCUGUGGAAGGCCAUUGAGCAUGCUCAUUUGAAGAAAUUUGUAUCAGAUCUUCCAGAGGGUCUGAUGCAUGAGUGUGGAGAAGGGGGAGAGAACUUAAGCGUUGGACAACGACAGCUGGUGUGUCUGGCUCGGACGUUACUGAGGAAGACGAAGAUCUUGAUUCUUGAUGAAGCUACGGCUGCAGUUGACAUGGAAACGGAUGAUCUGAUACAGAACACCAUUAGGACGGAGUUCAAAGACUGCACCAUCUUCACCAUCGCCCAUAGACUAAACACCAUUAUGGACUAUGACAGGGUCAUGGUUCUGGAUCAAGGACUAAUUAAAGAGUUUGACAGCCCAGAUAACUUAAUCAAGAAUAAAUCUUCUGCAUUCUACAGCAUGGCAAAGGAUGCCAACUUAGUAUAGUAAUAAUGUAUGGGAAUUCCAAAACAGAACUGUAAUUAGCUAGUAAUAAGUCCAUGUCUGGUAAUAAGACCAUGUCUGGUAAUAAGUCCAUGUCUGGUAAUAAGUCCAUGUCUGGUAAUAAGUCCAUGUCUGGUAAUAAGACCAUGUCUGGCAAUAAG